CUUUUUUCUCCUGUUUUUAACGGAUUUUGUUAUGAAUUUGUGAUGAAUUUGCGGAAGAUAAUAAGAAUAUAGGGCCUUUUUUAUUUUGGUUUUUGAUGGAAGGGCGAUUGAGAUCUGGUGAGCAUUCGGGGAUUGUGGUGAAGAAUAGAAGCCAAUCGGGAUGUUUGAUUGUGAGGAAGAAAGGGAAUGGCUCGGAUGGAGCCGGGUCCACAAGGACCCAUAAGAUUUUCAAGUCUAAAACAGAGAACAAGAGGUCUAGGAUGAUAAUGAGUGAUUCGGGUUCCAGCAAUGAACUAGGAAAGCCACCUCGAAGGAGGGUUGGGCCGGAAACAAUUCAAGUUUGUAAUGGUUUAGCUGUUUAUGAAGAGAGUGAAAUUUGUAGGAAGAGGAAUAGGGAGGAGAGGGUGAGACCAGGUGACAAAGGUUUCAUUGGUUGGAAUGCGGAGGAUUUGACUGGGAGUAAGAGGAGUAGGUUAGAGGUGUUUGACUUUGAUGAGUAUGAUGGACUUGAAGAGGAUAUGAUUAUGAGAAGGAACAAAUUUGACUAUAGUGGAGAAGAGGUUGACAGGAGGAGACUGUUGGGUUCAAUGCCUGCAGUUGGUCGGAUGGGCAUUGAGAGAGAUUGUGAGAGUGGUCUAAGUAGCCAUGCUCUUCCUUAA